AUGUACUGCGAGGAGUUAGGCCGAUGGGUCCCUCCCGAAUUUACUCCAGAGGAGCGCGAUAUCCUGGUGCGCAACAUCGUAGACUUCUCGGCAGCUCGGCGGGAGGGAUUUGUGGCAGCGUACUGGGAAGUCUUUGGGAUUUGUGACAAAAAGAUCGUGUUAGGCAAACUGCAAGGUUGUCAUGAGCACUAUCGUGCUCAAGUGACUCGGGUGAAGAAAAACAGGCACAUAGUAAUGGCCGAUGAAGAGAAUACCUUCCAGACGAUGUGCCUUGCGUUGAUCAAGGAGCCUGUUGAUGGUGAUCCAAGCCACGAGGAUCAGAUGGACCAACUGCGGCGACUGUUCCCCAAAGCUAGAAAGUGGUUUGAUUGGUGGACCAUGGCCGAUGUGGAGGCCAUGCUCUUUCCAACCCGACGGGCACGAGCUGAAGAUGCACCAGAAGGCAAACGGGCCCCGACAUUAACAACUAAUGCCCAAGAGAGCCUUCACCGUCUUUACUACAUGUUCAGCGAGGGGAAGAUGUGCCUCCAACUAGGUCUUGUGCGACUAUUUUCUUUUGUCAAGGUCUUGGAAGAAGACUAUGACGCAGUCAUGCGAGGGGUUUCAAUUGAGUACGGUGCUUCUAGGAAGGAGCAAAUAGACAUAGCUCAAUCGCUGGGCUGGGAUAAAAAAAGGAAGAGAGCAACAAAUCCAGCGGCUCCGGCAAAUAAGAAGAUUCGACAUCAAGCAGACAACGACGGCAGACCACCUGACACCACAGAUGCGCUUCUACCCGAACUGAAAGGCAAGAAGAAGUUAGGCAGACCUCGUGGCGCACUCAAUGUCGAUCGAGCUGCCUUUUCAACUUACCCUUCUUAUCGCGCAUCCAGUAAGCCCCAUCUCGCCAACCGUUGCUGGAUGGCGGCGGCAUUAGAGACUCUAUUUUCGCUGUACAGUCCACUAUGGCUGCGUGGCUCCAGCGGCCAUGGGACUUCAUUAUUCACCUCGCUUGUGAAGCAUUUUACGGCCCGAACAACCUAUCAAUUGUCUCAGGAAGGCUCAGUUCGUGGGAUGCUGUCAAAAGCACAAGCGAGGCUGUUCCAGCAUGCUCAUAACUUAUAUCCUCAAAGCUUUGUGGCUGGGGACUUUGCAUCAGCUGACUUCUUCAUUGAAAUCCUCCUGGAUCCCAAGGCAAACCCAAACCGAUCGAGACAGGGUCUAUUCGAUGUUGAAGAGAGGAGAAUAUUGAACUGUUCGACUCAUCCAAGUGCAAGAAAGACGGAGGUACGCUCGCGAUACAUAAUCAACAUCAGAAAGGCCAUGUUUGAGGCCAAUGGCCUCGCUUCCUCCGAUGUGGUCAACCUCUUAUUGCGCUGGACGUCAAGUGGGCUUGUGGGAACCUCGGGGCUCAUCUGUAAACACUGCAGGGUUCCCAAAGCCAUUGAUCCAGUUCAUUCAAAACAAAUCACACCUGAUAUCUCGAUUGCAACCGCUUGUGAACCUGCUACGACUGAACCAUAUCUUGAGGAAGUCUCAACACUUCAUUUCCCUCAAGAUCGAGCUCCUCUUCAUCUUUAUUUCCUCCUGGAGGUUACAUCAAUAUUGGACAAAGCCAAACAAGCCAGUUUUAUGUCAUCGAUUGACUGGCCAUUUGGAAUCAAGAUUCACGGCGAGGCAUACACUCUUUUUGCUCGGGGCUUUUGGAAUGGUUACCAUUACUGGUCGAAAGUACUUAUGAAUGUCUCUGGUGUAGUCGGCAUUUGGUACCAUAACGACAGGGAGAAUGAUGGACUCGCUCGCAUGGUCAGCUCGGAUCUGAGCACAAUCGGUGGUGCUCAGCCCCACACCAGCUGGGUUAUGUAUUCAAGGAGCUGGACCACCACGGAGAGGGAAUUUGUAGGUGAGAAGAUGAAGCAAGUGAAAAAGGAUUUCCCAAAUGCGCGGCCAAAUCAAAUUCCGUUUGGAAAUCUCUCAGAAUUGCUUGAAGAAGGAACUAAGUUCUUGGCACCCGACUAUGUGACUGAGAAAUCGGAGAUUGCCACACCAUUGGCCCUUGCAUCGAACGAACCCACCCUAGUUGCAUCGAACAAACCCCUAGUUGCAUCGAACGAACCCACCCUAGGGGAGAUGAACCUGCAAACUGAUUGUGGCAAGCUGACUGAGUGCCCAACAGAGCCCAACUCGGGGACUGAGAAGCCAAAGCCAAAGAUCCAAAGGCUGAAAAUCACAGUAAGGCCUAAAUUGCCAGCAUCGGGGCUCGUAUCAGAGGAGCUAUUAGAUGUGUCUUCGGUCCCUGCUCCACCACCCAUUCGCGGUCCUGGACGUCGUAGCCAAAGGGUGGUAAGGGCUGGGAAAGGGCAGGCAUAA